CUUGCGUCACCCACAAGGGAAGGGAAAAACAAAGGAUAAUUUUGGGCCGACCUUACACGCCUUCCUGCUAUCCCCACGAGAAUCGGUUUGGCCGCAGGUUGCUAAGCUUUGGUUUCGCACCUCUCUCGUGUUUUUAAAAGGCGACCCCUCAACGACUCGACUGUCACAUCUCGUGGCGAAGAGACGCAGACGCGGCGAUUCGUUGUAGCAAGCGGCGUCCAAUGCCGAGUGACGCAUGACCUACACAACUAGAGAACAUCGCUUAAGAGCCACACAUCGCGUUUAAUUAUUUAUGCAUUGCAAAGCAACAACAACAAAGUUAUCAUAUUUAACAAAAACUAUUGUCCGCAUUAACAAAUCGUGUUUUUACGCGGUUCGGGGUUUACAAAGAAAACGGCAGAGACGAAUGCUCAGUGCUUCGAGCACAGCAUUUCUACCAAUCAGGGCAGAUCAAUUGUGCAAAGUAAAUAACAGCCGGCGCUGUGUGACCACGACCUGAAGAGGAAUGUAACACAUUGUGUUUAGAAGAAUUCAUUUGCCCUAUAAACUUCAGUAACAAAGAUUCGGGCAUGCCAGGCUUGCGGCAAUAACGACUACAUAACAAAAUUCAUCCCGUUUCAAGUACUGAGCCCAUGAUAUGCAUCGAUUGUAAAUGUGUCUAUAAUCGCCCUGUUAACAAAACUGGCAGGCCAAUUACAUUGUAGAGAAGUUUGGGAAAUGUUGUGUUCCUUCUAAUGCAAUCUUAUUGACAGCGUUAUUUACAGAUUGUGGAUUUUGUGGUUAUUACCUGGCAAUGCAACAGCAUACUUUCGUGAAUGAAGUAAAAAUAAUUGGCGUUUGUUAAGUGACGCAUUUCAUCUACAGAUCCCACAAAUGCGCGCCGGGAGAUAAACAAAACCUGCAGGCUACACGGUCAGAACUAGGCGGGGAAUAAUAGCGAGUUUACCCACUCACUCAACCACUCACUCACUCACCCGCUCACUAACCCCAUCUACUCACCCACUCGCUCAGAACCAGGGUAAACGGCCAGAAAAUAGCGGAUAAAGACCAGUUUACAAAGGUGACUUUUAAAGAUGGACAAAUAUAUCUAAAGAUUCUGAUUGUCUUAUUAGAAAGGGCAAAGCGCUGUUCCAAAGCUGGGGAGCUGCACAGUGACAAAAGCCCGAUCAUCCCACUAAAUGAGCCUUGACCUUUGACGGAUGAGGCCUCUGUAAGAAUUGUUGGCACAACUGUCUCUCUUUAUAAUACAAGCCUUCAAGACAUGUUAUACUAUGGUUAUCUAAUUCACUUCUCUUCCAUAUUAUAAGGUCGCAAUAAACCCGAUAGCAUUAAUAUACCAUACAUUCAUGAUGGAUUACAUUUAAGUGUCUACAAAAGUGCCGAAUUCCGAAAGUCAUGACGCAAAUUAACAACGUGACAGUGAAUCUCACCGUGACGAUAAACAGCAGUUCCGUGGUCUCUCAAAUGUUUUACACCAUCUUCCAGAUUGUCAACCUCUUCAUGACGGCCCCUUCUCUGUGUUUAUUUCUCUCUAUCACCAUCACGAUUUUCACCGAAGUGAAGCUAAGGGAGAACUCGCGCUACAUUCUCUUCGCCAAUCUACUCGCGUGCGACACCUUCUUCCUGCUUUACUCCACCGUCAUCUCGACGUCAAUUUGGCUACAAACAAAUUUAAGUUUGACGUCGUGCAGCGUGAACACCAUGGUCAGCACAAUUCUGAACCAGAGCGGGGUUCUGUGCGUCACGCUCAUGUCCGUGGAGCGAUACGUGGCCAUUUGCCACCCCUUCCAUCACCCCCGCUGGUUCAGCCACCGCAAAACGCUUAAGUUCUUGGCCAUAAUUUGGUCCGUCGCUUCAGUGUUCCCGCUGGCAUGCGGCAUUCUGGUCUUCACAAGUGGCGUGACCGUGAACAAUAUUCGGACUUGUUCUUCGUAUCUCACCGACAGCCUGAUGCCCAACCCCAUGGCAAUCACGGUGCUCAGAGAAUUCCCAAACGUCGUUAUUUUCACAGUCUGCAUCAUUGCGCUGAUCUUCACCUACUUCAAUAUAAUGAUGGCAGCUAGAAAGGCGUCCGAUGAUGCAUCUAAGGCGAAACGAGCCAAGCAAACUGUCAUAUUACAUGGCCUGCAGUUGUUUCUGUAUCUGUGUUCACUUGGUAACAGAUUUUUUGAAUUCCUUUUUGCUAUAAUCACAACAGAUCGUAACGUGAUAACAAUAUUACGGUUAAGUAAUUAUUUAUUUCUUUAUUAUAGCUCAAGGUUUGUUGUUCCCUUAAUUUAUGGAAUACGAGAUAAACAACUUAGGCAGUGUCUUAGGAAGAAGAUCACCUGUCACUACAAUACGGUGACUGCAUUUUAAACUGCAUGCAAAAAAUGAACGUGAAUCUUACCAUUUGUGUCAUUAAAUGCUUUUAAAAUUCUAUUUCGUUCAAAUGCCUAAAUACUUGUCUUAGUCUUGGGUCUUUCGGUAAAGUCACGUAGAUAUGUUCAAAGAAAAUAACAAAAAACUA